ACUGCUCUGCUUAUUCCCUCCAGGGCACCUGGCAUUGGCCACUGUCGGGAGACAGGAUACUGGGCUAGAUGGACCUUUGGUCUGACCCAGUAGGGCCAUUCUUAUGUUAAGGGAAUUAUUACUAUGUGUAGCAACCCCUGGCUUGAAGGGGUUUACAGUUUGGUUCAGUGGCUCUCAGCACCCCCACUAUAACAUCGUUCCAGCACCCCAGAUGGUUGCUUAGGAGUUGCUAUGUGAAUCAGUGUUGCUACCUUGUAUGAUUCUGUUAUAAAUCUUGCAAUAUUUGGUGGUUUUUCUAGAGCUCCAGCUGCUGGAAUCAAGAGAAUAGGUGCAAAUUGCAGUGUUCAUUUUUUUUAAAUGUAAGUUUCUAGCCCUCCUGAUUGCAGGGAAAACCUUGAAAACAUGAAGCAAGUGUAACUUAAAAGCUCAGAAAACAGAAGACAAAUAAAAAGGAAUUAAUUUUAGACUCUGCCACAGACUUCCUAUGUGACCUUAGCAAAGUUACUUAGCCUCUCUGUGCCUCAGUUUCCCAUCUGUAAAAUGGGGAUAAUAGCACUGCCCUAUCUCACCGAUGUGUCAUGAAGAUAAAUACAUAAAAGACUGUGAAGCGCUUUGAGCUCUCCUGAUGAAAAGUGCCAUGGAAGAAACUGAUUUAAAAUAUAAUAUUAAUAUAAUAACUAUCAUGAUUUUUUGGCACCUGACUCAUGAUUUCUGAAUGCUUGGGAUUGGCCACACUGUUUGAUGGUCCCAGCCUAGAUACGUUAGGUAUGUAGCCACACUGGAUAAGUAGAUUAAACUAGGAGUGUGAUCACCUCUUUCAGAAGCUGCCAUGACGCGUCUCAAUGUUAUGCAUCAAAGUGGCAUUGUGGCAUCUGGCGGUGAUGGGACACAGCAAGAGGAAGAGAAUGGGGACAAGAGGCAACAUGCCUGAGGAAGCAGUUCGUGUCCAAAGGAGGCCUGAGCUGAAGGCUGGCUGUGUGGGGGUCCCAGGAGCACAUGUGCAGUGCUCCGGGCCCCCACCCCAGAAAGGCUGUCACUCAGACAGGGCCCCAGCGAGUAUUUAGCACUGAUGCACAAACCAAUUGAAGUGCAGGGAAUAAAGGGACUUUUUCCACCCAGAAAUGUUUCCUGCAUCUUAUGCAAGCUUCUGAAUGUGGCUGUCCUUCCUUGGGGGCCUGAAGGAUGGAUGGAGGUGGUAGGAGGAGUGACUCCUUUUCCCCUCUUCUCCAGAGGAGCGGGAGCUGGCAGGUUGGUUUGGGUGGCAGGGGACAGAUCUUCUGUUGGAGGAGUCAGACACGGGUGGACUCUUUUUUUCCCUCUGAUGGGUGCUGUGCUGCUGCUCAGUCUCUUGGCGGGAAGGCCGAGUACCCCAGAAACAUCCCAGCUUCUCCUGCUGCAGGUUCCCAGGGAGGGUAGGAGCUGAGUUCCGCUAAGCCAGAGCCAAGGACAUUUCCUUCUGCGCUUAGCGGGGGAGCUGCUGUCCCCCUGUUACUUGGACCCCUGUUUAUCCACUGGGCUGAGCUGAGAGCUGGGCCGAGACCUGUAAUCAAAACUAGCACAAGCCGGAGGAGUGGCCACCUGGACAGGGCCUGCAAGCUGGCAAGGCCCUCUCACCCACGGAGGUGUUCCUCCAGACAGGGAUAAGGCGGGGGAGACUUGUACCACCACUGCCUGUGCCAGUGCUAAACGGGAUGUGCUAAUAUCAGAAAUCUCCUCAGCCAACUCUUUCAGGGUUCUUGGGUCCAGGCCCACUGAUUUAAAAAUGCUUAUCCCUAGGAGAUGUUGUUUAACAUCCUCUUUGGUUACUAACAGACUGGAAAGUACUUCAUCAUCUUCAUGUGAUUGAGUACAUCAUCCUGCUCCUUUCCAAAUAUGGAACACAAAUAUUUAUCCUUUUCUGCAGCACUAUUAACAGUGUUACCAUCUCCAUCAUGUAAUGGGCCUAUACCAGUGCUAGGAUUUCUUUCAUUUCUAACACAUUUAGAAAACCUCCCGCUGAUUACCCUUAGCCGUGCCAGCCAUGGAUUUUUCCCUGAUGUCUUCAGCUUCCUUUAUCAAUUUUCUACACAUCCUGAAUUCUAAUAUAUAUUGAUUGCUAUCUAUUUCCCCUUUUCCCAUUUCUUAUAUAUUGGUUUUUAUUUCUAAUUGCUGCCUUCACUUCAUCACUGAACCAGAUGCAGUUUGCUGCCUCAGCACAGAGUAGAGAUCUUGUUUAAGACUGCUUUGCUCUUAUAUAGCACCAGCCUUCUCAGGAUCUCAAGCUGCUUUGCAAACACUGAUGUGUUACGCCCCUCAAACCUCUGUGAGGUUAGUCAGUAUUUUCCCUGUUGUUUUUUUACAAAAAGGGGAAACUGAGGCAAAAAGCAGUGAGGUGACUUUCCCAAGACAAAGAGUGAGGUUGGAGGCUGGUGUAAAGCAUAGGAGAAACAUUUUCAAAAACUCCUAAGUGACGUAAGUGAAUAAAUCCCAUUAUAUUUUUUAAAAUGGGACCUAGGGUACAUCUAAAAGAACCCAUGGGAGCACGUCUUAGAGCCCAUGUCAACUCAGGGCUCAUGGGGGCUCAAAAUAACAGUGUAAAUGUUCCUACUCGGGCUGAACCCUGGGCUUUGCGGGGGACAGUUUCAGAGCCCAGGCUCCAGCCGGAGCAGGAAUGUCUACACUGCUAUUUGUAACCCCCUAGCACAAGCCUGAGUCAAUUGACCCAGGUUCUGGGAUUGGCAGCCAGCCAUGGGAGGGGUUUUUGCAGUGGAGAUGUACCCUUAGGCACCUAAGUCACUUAGGCACUUUUGAAAAUGUUACCAUAGAUCUGCUGAUUUUGAGUCCUUAAUCCCAAGCGAAUCCUUCAUCUAAACUGACAGGCCUGCAACGCUCCCGUUUUCUGCACAAGAACAUUUCCCUGGCUCCUGGGGAAGGGUAUAGGUGUGUGUGUCUUUCCUCCGGGCACCAGUAUUGACUCUCCAGGACAAUGAUACUCAGACCGAGGCUCGAGAGCUGCAAGUGGCUCUUUAAUGCGUCUCCUGUGACUCUUUGCAGCACAUGAUAUUAAAACCCUGUGAUUUAAUUAUUAACCAAUCAGGAUGCUUUUACUAUUUCAUUAACCAAUUAUGUUAUUAAUUUGCAUUAAGUUAUUAACAUAUUUGCUGUCAGAAUUAUAUACAGAAACUAAAUAGUUCCCCUGCCAGACUGUUUAAAUAUGACUAUAGAGCACUAUAAUAAAUGAAACCAUGAAUUCACAUGACCGUGACUCUUUUGGGUAAUGUUGAUUGCGAAUCUGGCUCCUGAACUACUGAGAUCUGAGUAUCACUGCUCUAGGGUGUGAUUUAGGAGCUUGCAGGGCAAAGGACUUUCUGGGCACAAUGCCAGGGGAGGAGGGAAUCCACACCCACUCCUGUCAAACCCAUUGCUGAGCAGCCGAAAGUGAAACUCACUUUGCUUCUGUUUCCCGGAGAAAGAAUCAUGGCUCAGGCUGCCGUGAAUCUGACUGAAGAUCUGCAAAACGAAGCCACUUGUCCCAUCUGCCUGGACUCUUUUAAAGACCCAGUGAUCACAGAGUGCAGCCACAAUUUCUGUAGGGCGUGCAUCAGUGACUACUGCAAGGAAUCACUGAGAAACCUCCCCUGUCCUCAGUGCAGGAAGACAAUCCAGCCAAGGAACUUCAGGCCUAACAGGCAGCUGGCGAACAUGGUAGAAAUAGCUGUGCGGCUCGGGGUCGAAGCAGCAAAGAAAGCGCAAGAGAUUGUGUGCAAGGAGCACAAGGAAUCUUUGAAACUCUUCUGCGAACAAGACCAGAGACCGAUCUGUUUGGUGUGCAGGGAGUCCCAGGCGCACAGGGGUCACACGGCGGCUCCAAUAGAGGAGGCAGCGCAGGCCUACAAGGAAAAACUUCAGAGCAAUUUGUGUUUCUUACAAAAAGAGAGAGAAGAAUUUGAACCGUAUGGAGAAGAGAAAAGCGACGAACUGCUGAGACAGACAGAAUCGGAGAGACGGAAGAUUCUGUUGGAAUUUGAGCAGUUGCAUGAGUUUCUGGGUGAACAACAGUGCCUUCUUCUGGCGCAGCUGGAAGUGCUAGAUGAGGAGAUUUUAAGGAGGCGGAAUGAAUAUGUCACCAAAGUGUCAGAGAAAACGUUACUACUCAACGAACUGAUCAGCGAGAUACAAAGGAAAUCUUCCCAGCCAGCGACAGAAUUCCUUAAGGACGUUGGCAGCACCUUGAGCAGGUGCGAGUGUGUGAAGGUCCCAACUCCAGAGCCCGUUUCUCCCGUGCUGAAGAAGAGAGUCAGCGACUUCUCUGAAAAUAAUCACCUUGUAAUGGGGGUGCUGGCCAUGUUCAAAGAGAAUCUGCGAGCUCAGCUGGAUAAAGAAAAAGUCAACGUGACUCUGGAUCCGGAAACAGCAAAUCCCCACCUCAUCCUGUCAGAGGAUGGGAAAAGCGUGAGACUCGGAGCGGGGCGGCUGGAUGUGCCUGCCAAUCCCAAGAGGUUCAUGUCGAGCCCCUGUGUCCUGGGCUCUGAGGGAUUCACAACAGGGAGACACUAUUGGGAGCUGGAGGUCGGAGAUGGGGAUGGCUGGGCUGUGGGGGCUGCCAGAGAGUCUGUGGAGAGAAACAGGCCAUCAACGCUUCAGAUGAAAGGGAUUUGGGCUGUACGUCUGGGCUGGGAUCGUCAAUACGCAGCUCUCACUUUCCCCCCGACCCCUCUCUCACUUGACGAGAAGCCCAGGAAGAUUCGAGUUCACUUGGACUACGAAGAGGGGCAAGUGACCUUUUACAACGCAGAGAACAUGGCCCAAAUCUUCAACUUCUCUGCCUCUUUCAAGGAGAAAAUCUUCCCUUACUUUUGGCUCUGGUCCCCAGAAGCAUGCAUCCAGAUGUGCCCCUGAUGGUAUCAAGUUUCUUACAGUGGCUCUCACAUGAGAACUCCUGCACACUUGGCUGCAGCUGGAGAAAGAGAGGAUUCAUUAAAAUAACGCUAGCUAAU